AUGGGAAACCAAACCGCGACAACAUCAUUUGUGUUCCUGGGCUUCUCCAGCUUCCCAGAGCCCCAAGCCCUGUUCUUCCUCCUGUUUCUGACCAUGUAUAUCACCACCUUGCUGGGCAAUGCUCUUAUCCUGGUGACCGCAGGGCUAGAUUCUGGCCUUCGUACGCCCAUGUACUAUUUCAUCCAGCACCUGUCGUUCCUGGACAUUUGCUAUUCCUCCGUCACUCUGCCCCACAUGCUCAAGAAUCUGUUGACGGAGACAAAGACCAUCUCUAUCCUGGGCUGCCUGGCUCAGCUUUACUUCUUGGUGACUUUCGUAGGGGUUGAGUGCCUCCUCCUGGCCGUGAUGGCGUAUGACCGAUACGUCGCCAUCUGCCACCCACUUACGUACACCAUCUUCAUGAACAGGAAGCUGUGUACCCGGCUGGUGGCGGCCUCCUGGGCCUGCGGCUUCCUCAAUUCAGUCCUGCACACGGCCAUGACCGCUCUCCUGCCCUUCUGUGCCUCUCACAACCUGGACCAUUUGUUCUGCGACGUCCCCCAGCUACUCAAGCUGUCUUGCGCGGACACAUUCCCCAACCAAAUCACCUUGCUGGCAGUCACCCUGCUGCUCGGCGUCAGUCCUUUCCUUUGCAUCGUGGUUUCCUACGUCCACAUCGUGGCGGCCAUCUUGAGAAUCCGUACCAACCGAGGCCGCCGCAAGGCGUUCUCCACCUGCACUUCGCACCUCACGGUGGUCACUUUAUUCUAUGUCACCUGCAUGUUCAAUUAUAACAGGCCCAGUGCCAGCCGUUCUGUAUAUUUUGACACCUUGGCAACUGUGCUCUACAAUGUUGUGACGCCAAUGCUCAACCCUAUCAUAUAUUGCCUGAGGAACAAAGAAGUGAAGGACGCCAUGAGGCGUUUACUGCACCCCAAGACACCGUCCUCUUUCUAG